GUCAGGCAUGGAUCGACCUCUGGUGAAGAAGGCAAAACCUGUUAUGUGCCUUGCAGUUACAUCGUAAUGGAUUCAUGCACGGCAGCAACGUGAGACAGAAAAUGAAAGGGCUGGAAAGACACUGUAUGACAAGAAAGACAAAUCAGUGAGGGCGCCAUGCAUUAAGACAGGACUGCAUCUCUCAUGCCUCUACCAUCUGUGAGCUGUACAGUGAGGCGACGAAAGCUCUCCCACUAAAACAACUCCCUCGAUAACCACAGUCCAGGUUAAUCUCGGAGCGGCGUCCAGCACACACUGGUAAACUCCCAGUCCACACCCCAGGCCGGCACGAUGGGCAAGGCGGGAAGAGUAAUGGACAAAGACAAAACAGAGCUAGCGAAGGAUGAGAAGGCAGGGAAGAAGGAGAGUCUGAAGGAAAGCUUUCGACGAUUCAUCAAAGAUCUAACGACACCAAGACUGUUGUUGUAUAAAAUCAUUUACUUUUUAUACCUCGCGGCGAUAGUGAUCCUGUGGCCGCAGUUCACGGUGCACCAGGCGGCGCUGGGCCUCAGCGUGGCCCACACCGGCAUCUUCAGCACCGUGGAGUCAGCCUUCAACGUCUUCACCCCUUUCCUCGCAGGCUUCGUGGCUGACAAAAUAGGAAAUUAUAAGAUAAUACUCGUGUUAUCUUCUGUGCUGACAUCAGUGCUAGCCUUCCUCCACACCUUGGUGCCCAGUGCCAUGGUGCCUUUCGCCGCAAACACCACCGACAUCACUAACAUCACCGACGCGCUCACCACCACCGCCACCGCCGCUCCUGCCAACACUACUUCUUCGCCUGCGCUUGAUGUAGAUCCUGAGCUGCUCACUAUCACUUUCUGGACUUAUCUGGCUGUCCGCACUGCCCACGGGGCCCUGCACGUAAUAUCGUACACACUCUUCGAUGCCGCGGUGAUGGCAGAGGUACAGGAGAAAGGAACAGACUACGGGUUCCAAAGAGCGUGGGGAACACUGGCUGCGACCGCAGCGUCCUUCCUCAGUGGGUACCUGGUGCAGACGACUGAAGGGUACAGCGUAAUCUUCUACGUGUCUACGGCGCUACAGUUGUUCUCCGCUGGUCUGAUGAUAUUCCUCAGCCUGGACUUCAAGCCGCCCUCCACCGGCCUCACGCGUCUCAUCCUCCGGCUCUUCGCAAAUACCGAGGUCAUUCUGUUCUUCAUCGCCAUUCUCGCCGCGGGAGUGUUCUUCGGGUUCCUGGAAACCUUCAUGUACCGGUACAUCUUUAGCCUGGGCGGCGAUAACAAGCUGCUGGGACUCACAGUGACGGUGGGGACGCCCUUCGAGUUAAUUUUCAACCUCCUGGCUUCCUUCCUGGUGCCUUACACCGGCCACGCCGCCAUCAUUAUGUUUGGCCUUGUGGGGCACGCCAUCAGACUGUUAGGGUUCAGCUACCUGGAGAACCCCUGGUGGGUGUUGGGCCUGGAGGUCUUGGAAUCAAUAAGCAACGGUCUGACAUUCACCGUGAGCAUGAUGUACUGCACUGUUCUCUUCUCCCUGGAAACCAUUGUUUCCUUCAGAGGGUUGUUCGUCGUUGUCUACUUCGGCGUGGGAAAAUCCAUCGGUGCUGCCAGCGGCUCGUGGCUCCAGGAUGUCUUUGGUGAACGAGGAUCAUUCAGAGUACUCUCGUGGGUGGCCUUUGCCUCCGCCUUCCUUUACGCUGCUGCUUUCUACGGUCACAAGAGGUGGAGGAUGUGGCGAGGGAAGCAGAGAAGACUUCAGACGCUGUGGUACCUGACGGCAAGGUGUCAACAAUAUCACGUCCAGACAUGCAAGAAAUGAAGAACGGUAUUGAUAAUCCUUCCUUGGUGUCGGAUGAGUAGAUACUGAAGGAGGUUAUGUAAGUAGAAGAGGCAGUUAAAAAGCAAAGUGGAAGUAAUGGAGGAGGCGGUAAAGAAGGAGAUGAAGGUGGUGAAUAGUAGUGUUGAAGACGAAGGGCAUGGUAAAGGAAGUGGUGGAGAAAGAGGUGACAAAAAAGGCCAUGGCGAGAAUAUUUAUAAUUCUGUUGUAAUUAUGAUGACAAAGAAUUACAACGAUUCGUGAAUGAAGUGCAAAGUGCUGAUGACGUGAGGCAGGAGAGCAAAGUGAGUGUAAUGAAGGAUGUAAAUACUAUGGAAAUGUGCAAGUUAUAAUAUUUCAUCGUUAAUAGUAUAAAGCCAUACAUGGUAACGAAUAAAAAAGGGGGUGGUAGUAAGAGCAAAGAGAGCGAACAAAUACAAUGGUGCACAAAAAAUAAGCAAAAAAAAAAAAAAAAAAAAAAAAUGAAGAUGAAGUACAGAAUUAAGGAAAAGAAGGACAGUGAAGUGUAUAAAACAUAGGAUGAUGAUUGUGUGAGGUUAGUGAAGGAAACUGGAGAAAAUAAAGGAAAAGGUUCUCAUGAAAUAAUAAAUACAGCAGAAAACAAAGGGUAUUAAGAAGAAAAUGUAUUUUAAGACGAAUGAAAAUUGACAACAAUAAAUGAAAAAACAAUAGUCAAGUAAUGAUACUGAAACAAAAGCAAGAAAGAAAUAAUAUGAACGUAAAAAGGUUGAAGGAAAUAUGAGACGGAAAUAGUGUUGAUGCAGUAUACCACAUAUAGAAAAAGAGGAUGAAAGGUAGAAAGGAGAGGAAACAAUAGAAAAUAAAUGGCAUGUCAAUAAAACAAAACAAGAAAUCAAAGAUGAAUUAAUAAAGAAAAAGCAAAAUUAAAGUGUGAAGAGAAAAUAAGUAUAGGAAAAAUAUUAAGAAAACUUUCGUCUGAAAAAAAAGAAAAGAAAAAAAAGGAAGAAAACAAAAACUAAAUGAUUUCAAAGCUCCAAGAGCAAUAAUGAUAACAAAACUGACAAACGAGGCGUCACUGGCGAUUAGUGAAAACGAACGAGGGAGAAAACAUAAGGAUGUUGUAACUUAACCAAAACACAACAAUGGCAACAACUGUAAUGCCUAAAAUAACGCCUAAGCAUUCUGUGAUAGAACAUUUAGACACAUCCCAUCAUCGCCACCAUCACCUUUGUCUCAUAUUUGCUCCCAUAUUUUUUCACCGUCAGUAAAGCCACAUCCAUAUAAAAGAGAAUCCAGCG